GAUGUGCUUGCGCUUUAGUGCUUCUGUUUGCUCUAUAAACCAAUAUUCAGCUCUCUUCUCAGCAGUAGGAGGUAUUUUUUCUAACAUACCUUCUUAUCCAGGGCACAAUACUGCCUUCUGGUUGUUAAAACAAACCAAAUAAUCAGGAUCAUCUUCACUAAUCUGCAGUAGUUUGGCGAUGUCUCGUCUGUUUAGGCUCUUUGCAUUUCUUUCUGGUUUCUGCUACAUUUUUGCUUCUCCAGACGUCUGCACCAACUCCCUCAUACCCGGAGCUAAAGGAGAUCAAGGUGAUGAUGGAGAGCAGGGAGAAGAGGGAAAGCUUGGGAAGAAUGGACCACCAGGAUUGGCAGGUGUGCCAGGUGAACCAGGUCUUAAAGGAGAAAUUGGUCCCACAGGAAAAAUGGGCCCGACUGGAGAGAAAGGUGACAAAGGUCUUAAAGGUUUUGAUGGACCAGUCGGGCUCAAAGGACAAACUGGUGCAACGUGUGACUGUGGGAGGUACAGGAAGGUGGUUGGACAGCUUGAUGAGAACGUAGGGAAGCUGAGGAACACUCUUAAGUUUGUGAAGAACGUUUUGCUGGGCUUGAAGGAGACAGAGGACAGAUAUUACCUGCUUGUGAAGGAGCCCAAGAAGUUCAGAAAGGCUUCCAUGAACUGCAAGCUAAGGGGAGGCACGCUGGCCAUGCCAAAAACUAACAACAUCAACCAGCUCAUGGCAGACUACAUCAAUCAGGCAGGGCUGACAAGGGUUUAUGUGGGAGUGCAGCCUCAGAGCAAAGACACAAAUGGAACUGGAAGUUAUAUUUAUGCAGACUCCACCCCUCUGCGGGAGUUUGCGGUUUGGAGCCAGGAAGAGCUGCUAUAUUCCACAUCAUCUCCAGCCACCAACGUCAGCUGCGUGGAGCUGCUCAACACUGGGACAUGGAAUAAAGUGGAGUGUGAAACUCCCCUGUUCUUCAUCUGUGAGUUCCCAAAGAGCAGGAGAAGAGGCAGAGGAGGAACGGCUGCUUCCACUUCAUAAUGACAUUUAAAAUUAAGGAAUAUCAAUAUAACUAGUUUGCUGUUUUUGUCCACAGAUACAGAAAGUGAUAGCAAAGAGUUGCCCUUGCUUAAAGCGGGAUUGAAAGAAGUGCUGAGACAAAUUCAGUCACUUUUAAUAACAUUAUCUGAAAUAUGCAAUUCAACAAAACAUUUACUUUAUUGUUAGACAGGAAAAUAUGCAUUUAGUAUGGGGAUUUCUUUUCAAAUGUCAUAAUUGUUAAUAGUUUUUAGUGCUGUUGUCAUGUUUUAAUUAUCUGUAAUUUACAUUAUGUCUGGCAUCACAAAAUAAGGGAUACAUUUAAUACAAACAUGGGUUGCCUUUCAACUAACUUUACUCAUACACUGCUUCAUUCACGAGCUGCUGUAUCCUGUUUAUGCUCCUGAGGGACAGCACAGCUACAACUAGAGGUUGGUCUUUAUUCCUGCUUUAAAAUCAAGUUUAACAGUAAAGCACAAGAUAACUGAGUUCAACAUAUGCAAGCAGAAAAAGGCAGUCUGUCAAAACCACCACAUCCAAAAAGGAAAUAAAAAGCUAAUUUAUCAAGUUUCAACACCUGACCCAUACCAUCCAAUGUAUAACAACAAUGACUGUUGUUGGUUGAUGAUGGCCAGGGGCUGUUAAUAACAAAAUCUAAGCAGCAUUCUGCUUCUACCAAGAUUUUACAGCAAGACCUGGACAAGUCUCACACACAUCAGCAGGUGGCCAGAACUGAUGGCAAGAUUUUGUCUUCUUCUGGGUUUUACUUUGUAAUGCACAGAUACAUAUAUUUGAAUAAUGAUAGCGUCACAUGAGUUGCAUGAGAAAUUUGUACAGUACUUUUAAAUAAGUGUCAUUGUAGAUCUUUGGAACCUUAAUAAUUGUAGUCAAAUAAAUAAAGCAGAGCCACUGUUUGACUUUAUUAAGGUGUCAAUAAAUUUGUACUCAGUUUUCUGCUA